GUUGUUUAAGUAUUGACACUUGUGUUUCCACAGGGUAAAUAAGAGGUCUUCACAAUGGGCACAUGGGCUGUGGUGUGUGUGAGGACACUCUGCUAAGCAUGCACGCCUGGGGCAGUGUAUUCAGGGGACAGUGCUGCUGAGUGGGACCAUUUGUUUGUGCAGACACUCAUGGACGACUUCACCACCAGGACAUAUGGAACCAGCGGAGGUCUGGACAACAGGCCUCUGUUCGGGGAGACCUCGGCCCGGGACCGAAUUAUAAACCUCGUUGUUGGGGGAUUUACGUCACUGAUUGUACUUUUGACAAUUAUCAGCUCAUUUGUUUUCCCCUCACCACCUCCCCGGCCACUAAAUAUAUUUUUUGCUGUGUGCAUCUUAUUAACGUGUGGAUCCACCAUAGUGCUGAUAUUUUGGUACAGACAGGGUGAUCUGGAGCCUAAAUUCAGGAAACUUAUUUACUACAUGCUGGCAUCCAUAGUACUGCUAUGUUUAUGUGCCAACUUGUACUUCCAUGAUGUCAAUAAAACGUAGCAGCAUGGAGAAGAAAAGGAGGGACACAUGGCCUUUUUCAAACAACACAAGUAUGAAAGGACUAUAUACUUUAAGACAAAAUAUAAAAAUGUAUUUAAAGCAAAUGGAAUUUCGUCCCAGCGGACCAAAAAUUACACUGCUGUGUUUCAUAGGGAUAAAAACUCAUCUAGUUAUUAAGCUGAGUCACAAACCUCUGCAGGACGGACACACAUGGCACAGCACAUAUCACACUGCUGAAAAGACAAUGUACAGUAUUAGACCAGAAAGAGAAGAGUUAAAGACACAAGUGUGAGAAUAUUUUGAUGACGAAAAAAUACGCACUGAAGCUCAUUUUUGAUACUUCAAGUUAUGGUAUUUUUUUACAAAAUGACACAUGAAAUGUAACUGUAGUUGGUGACUGUUUGACCAAAUAGUCUUGCUUGUGCAGUAGUGUUCUGCAAAGGUUGUUACACAAUACUCUUUUAGUUGUGAUGUGUGUGUCACCAUUUUACUGUUUUAACUCUGUAAUUAUGAGUUUACUGUACAACAAGACUCUCUAAUUCUAAUUUAAAGGUUCAGCAAGAAAAAAAUCUGAUUGUAAUAUUCAGUGUGGAUUUUCCCAGCAUUUAAUAUUUGACAGCUUGAUUAUUUUUCUUCUAUGUACUGAGUAAUUUGUACUUUAUGCAAGUACAAACUAGAACAAUACCUGUACUAUUAACAGGGUUUGAAUAUAUGCAAUCCAUUUUCUGCAGCAGCUUGUAUGGCUGAUGUGAUCAUUGUCAUUUAAUUUAAUUCAAAUUUUCAAACAAAUGUUGGGUAGCUUUUCUUAUAUUGAAUGUUGAACUACACUGACUGCCAAGUCUUGCACUAAUUUAUUUGACACGUAUGUGUCUGAUCUAAACUUGCACACUAAUGCUGCCAUUUACUCAAGCCAAUAGAUAUUUGAGCUGGAAUUCUGCUGGAAUCACAAGCUUAGCUUUAAUUGUAAUACUUGUACUGUUUUUUGGGGUUUUUUUUUUGUAAUGACAUGAAGCUGAAUCAUUUUAGAAUUUGGGUGAAGUGAGACCUAACUGACUGCAUUAGGAUUAUUUUUUAACUAUUAGACAUGUAAGUCUAAAAGGUCUUCAAAGCAGUGUGGCAAACUAUGCAACUAAGCCAAUAUCAAUUGUCUGUUAUCUCCUUGAUAUGUUUUAUUGCCAUAAAAAUAUACAACAAAAUGUAA